AUGGGUCGAACGCUGAGAGCGCUAACAGCCACCUUUGAACAAAUUGAGAAGGAGUCGUCUGCCACAGUGGGUCUGGCAAGCUCCAGAAAUGAAUCGUCGUCGGCGACGGCUAUUGGCAGCGAAGAAGACCAAUUGUCUCAAGUGGGGUCAGCGGUGGACAUAAAUGGUCUAAAAGAUCAGUUAAAGCAACAGUUACAUAUAGGCAACAAUAAGGUCAAUGGCCUUGUAAUAGAAAAAGAAUUAAAUAGUAAUAAUAACUGCACCAAUAGUCCCACUACCACCACCCUUAAUGGCCAUCAUCAACAUCAUCAUAAAGGAGAAGAAGAAGCUGACGAUAUAAGUCUGACCAUGGCCAAAAAAUCGAAAAGAAAACCCAAUAAUAAAAAGAAUCCUAGCACAGAGGAGAUAACGGCGGAGAAUGGUGGUGAUGGUCACCUGGCAAAGGAGACAGCCCAUCAAGAACAUUUGCAAAAUGGUUUUAUCCCUGCCUCGGAAAGUAAAACUGUUACAGGUGACAACACAAUAUCCUGUAACAACACUGCCAUGACCCCAAAGCCCCAAAUAUGCGAACAAAAACUGCAAACGACAUCAUUAACAGAUGAUAACAAAUCCUCCAGUGCUAUAAAUGAAACAACAUCAUCAUCAUCAUCUUCUUCGCCAUCUGCUGUGCUAAAUCCCACACCCGCCUUGGAUUUAUCUAAUGUUCAUAUUGAAUAUAAAGAAUAUGAAUCGGAAUUACAAAUGCAUGACAUAAUGCGUUUAAUCCAAGCGGAACUAUCGGAACCCUAUUCAAUAUACACUUAUCGUUAUUUCAUAUAUAAUUGGCCAAAAUUAUGUUUCCUAGCAGCCCAUGGAAAUGAAUAUGUUGGUGCUAUUGUGUGCAAGCUGGACAUGCACAUGAAUGUUAGGCGCGGCUAUAUUGCCAUGUUGGCCGUACGCAAAGAAUAUAGGAAAUUGAAAAUUGGUACUACACUUGUGCAAAAGGCAAUUGAGGCCAUGCUAGCCGAUAAUGCCGAUGAAGUUGUUUUGGAAACUGAAAUGAGUAAUCUACCUGCUUUGCGUCUAUAUGAAAAUUUGGGUUUUGUACGAGAUAAACGACUAUUUCGCUAUUAUCUAAACGGUGUUGAUGCAUUGCGUUUAAAAUUGUGGUUUAGAUGAGAUUAUUUAUAGCAAA